AUGUCCGGACUACUUGGAAGCCAAGAAUCGAAGCCAGUCUCCGACUAUCACCCUUCUCCACAAUACCGCUUAUGCGAGACUGGCCCAGAUUUACUCACCUCUGUCAUCGAGAAUGAGCGUGCUCGCCGGUUAGCAAUGGAGAAAUGUACGAAGCUAGAGACAGAGCUUGAGAACUUAGCAGACAGUCACCCUAUGCACGAAGACGGUGUCCCGCCAAUGAUAGACUACCUCGAAAGGUUUUUCCUCUUAUUGAAAGAGGAAAUGGAGAUGGUUACACAUUUGUCAAAUCUUCUAAAAGAACGUAUUGAAAAUCCCGAAAUCUAUAUCGCUAUCGAAAGACUCUCCGACAGUGAGUUCAACCGAGCUUGUGCUUCUUUAAAGCAGGAUUCCAACCGUCAGAUACGAAAAGAAUUAGCCCAGAACUCUCAGGAUCACGAUGACUACUUUUACUCUUCUGGGUGGCAACUUGAAUCCUCUAAGGUGGAUUGUAUGAAUGACAAACUUAGCCAAAGCCCCCCAUCCUAUGAUAUGGCGGCCAAGGUUCGGAAAGCUAGUGAUAUUGCUCCCGCAAAGUCGCUUCGAAGUUUCCGAAAGAAAUUUUGGAAGUAUCUAGCUCGAGCUUGA